CAUGUCUGCCCUGAUACAUUCUGAUCUCCCGGAUUUGACCUUGAUCUCCAAGGGAAAAGUACGCGACAUCUACAGCACAUCUUCUCCCGACCACCUUCUUUUCGUCGCGUCCGAUAGAAUUUCUGCCUACGAUGUCAUCUUGAAGAAGGGGAUUCCAGACAAGGGGAAACUGUUGACCCAAAUCUCUCUCUUCUGGUUUAAUAAACUGGGCGACAUCAUUCCGAACCAUUUCGUCACUGCGGACGUUGAUGCGAUGCCAGAGGAGGUGCGAAAGUACAAGAAUCAGCUGGAGGGGCGCGCGAUGCUCGUGAGGAAAGCAGAGGUCGUACCGCUGGAAGCAAUAGUGCGAGGAUACUUGGCCGGCUCUGCGUGGACAGAGUACAAGAAAACAGGCACGAUCCAUGGGAUACAGGUCCCCCAAAGGCUCGUCGAGGGCGAGAAGCUGCCGAAGCCGCUCUUCACCCCCUCAACCAAGGCAGAACAAGGAGCACACGACGAAAAUAUCUCCCCGGAGCAAGCUGCCAAACUCGUCGGACAGGACUUGUACGACGAGAUAUCUACCGCCGCCCUAAAGCUCUACACCACGGCAGCUGACUACGCUCAGACGCGCGGGCUUAUUCUUGCAGACACUAAGUUCGAGUUCGGACUCGUCCCUGAUACCGAUGGGUCCGGCAGGAAAAAGCUGAUUCUUAUCGACGAGCUGCUUACGCCCGACUCUUCGAGAUACUGGCCUGUCGAUGGCUACAAGCCUGGCGGUGCGCAGCCAAGUUUCGAUAAGCAGUACCUCCGCGAUUGGCUUGUCGCCUCUGGGUUCCGGAAGGGUCUGGAGAGUGGUCCUGUGGGCAAAGAAGGUGAAGGUUGGGUCAUCGAAGAAAGUGUAGUGGAUGGCACGAAGAAGAGAUAUGCAGAAGCGGUCCAACUUCUGAUAAGUUA